GAAGCACUUCCUGUUUUUGUCGGCGUGUGUAGAUCGUUUGAGGCAGAAGAUUGUCCAGUUAGCCGCUGGAUUUUUUUAUCUUCAUUUAUUAAAAGCAGCAGCAGAGAUGGCGAGAAAUGCUGAGAAGGCGAUGACGGCUCUGGCUCGGUUCAGACAGGCUCAGCUGGAGGAGGGAAAAGUCAAGGAGAGGAGACCUUUUCUGGCGUCAGAGUGCAGUGAACUUCCGAAAGCUGAGAAGUGGAGGCGACAGAUCAUCAGCGAGAUCUCAAAGAAAGUGGCUCAGAUCCAGAAUGCUGGUCUUGGGGAGUUCAGGAUUCGGGAUCUGAAUGAUGAGAUUAACAAACUACUGAGAGAGAAAGGUCACUGGGAAGUUCGGAUCAAAGAGCUGGGAGGACCUGACUAUGCGCGAGUUGGUCCGAAGAUGCUGGAUCACGAGGGGAAGGAGGUUCCAGGAAAUCGGGGAUAUAAAUACUUUGGAGCAGCCAGAGAUUUGCCCGGAGUCAGAGAGCUGUUUGAGAAGGAGCCUGCCCCGGCGCUGAGGAAGACGAGGGCGGAGCUGAUGAAGGACGUGGACGCAGAGUAUUACGGCUACAGAGACGAAGACGACGGAGUGCUGCUUCCGCUGGAGACGCAUUACGAGAAACAAGCUGUGUCGGAGGCGGUGCAGAGGUGGAGAACAGAGAAAGAGUCUCGUCUGUCAGGAGAGAAACAACCGCAGGAGGAAGAGGAGGAGAGCAUCUACACCGUCCACAAUGAAGAGCCCGAUGAUGAGGAGAGCCGGGAGGAGCAGGAUGGAGAGGAGGGGGGAGUCACCUUCAUCGCACAUGUACCUGUACCCUCACAGAGGGAGGUGGAGGAGGCUCUGGUCAGGAGGAAGAAGAUGGAGUUGUUACAGCGUUAUGCCAGCGAGACUCUUCAGGCCCAGAGUCAGACCGCCAGAACCCUGCUGGGACUGUAGCCGCCUGUCUGUCCUCCUGUCUGUCUCUCUGUGACCUGUGUGUUGAUGUAAAUUCCAGAUCAUUUUGAUACUCGAUGUGUUUCUUAUUAAAAUGUUGCUCAGC